AUUCCUUCCUUCCUUCGCCGCGCUACACAACCCAAAAAAAAAAUCCCAACCAAAAAAAAAAAUCCAGUGAUUAUCUCUUUCCUAUAUUUUCCCCACUCUGGAACCAAGUACUUUUCAUAGUCCAUAGAUCCCCCGCCGACGGGCAGAAAAAAUGGGGGGAAGGAAUCGUUUGAUCGGAAAAUUAUAUGAACUCUGAAAUCCAAUUGGCGGGAGUUUCUUUUUUUCCUCUCUUUUCCCCCUCCCCGUUUCCUUCUUCGAUUGUUAUCCUUUACUAUUUCCCUUGGCUUUUCAUAUCCUGCGGCCGCUUCUGGGUUUCUGCAUUCUGGGUAAACCUUCGAAUCUCAAUUCGCUUCGCCGUUUAUCGUUUUGACUAUUCUUUCGACCAAUCCGUGUUCGCCGUUGCUGUAAUGCCAACGGGCUUGUGAUCCCCUUUUCAAUGAUGGUCGAAUGAAUGCCUACUUUCUGGGUGUAUGGCGUUCCUUUUUGGCUUUGUUGUCGCUACCGAUUGAAAGGGUUUUCUGCAGAAUUGAAUCGAAUGGGGUGGGGGUUUAUCUGGGUUCUCACCGGAAAUGUUCUUUGUGCGAAGAGCUUUGAGAAAGAUUGCUUUUUUUUUAUUUAGCAAAACACAGCAUUCAGCUGUUUAACAUGUGGCGUUCAGCUUGGAUUCUCUGUGUAAUCUGAGUUUUGAUUUUUUUUCCUGAUUUUAUGUUUGGUUUUUAUGAAAAUUUUGUGGGUUCUUUCCGUAUAAAUAUGGUUUGGAGAUUUUGUUAGGGUUUUAGCAUGUUCAAGAAUCUUAGAUUUUGCCCUUCCGUUUAUAGUUUGUGUGGAGUGGAGACCAUGGCAGGAAGAUAGAAUGUUGUUUGGUCUUAUAUAUUUGCUAGGUGGUCUUCUGAUGCAAUUUUCAGGUGCCUUCCGUAUGAAGGGAUUAGGUAGGGUCUGGGAAUAUUAUAUGUUCUGGGGCUGUCAAUUUCCCUGGUUCUUUUGUUCUUGGUCAACUAAGUACUAGUUUAUACCGAAUUAAAAAUGCCCUUUGAUUUGUUUUUGAGCAUUCAUUCUCUGUUAAAUAGUGAUGAAUACAACGAAGUGGCGGAUUUCGACCUCUCUCUAUUGCUUCUGCUCGAUCUAAAAUCUAUGGUUUCUGGUUCUUGUUUUAUUCCAGAAAUGGAGGGUUUUCUGUUGUUUCCCAAAUAGGCUUUGGCAGCUUCCUGGCAUUCAUCAGAUAUUCAGUCCUCUAACUUCUUGAUAAUAUAUUUAAGCUUUGCUUCUUGCUAAUCGUGGGUUAAGGACUAUGUUUAUGAAACUGAUAUGCUGCACCUUGGCUUCCUCUUGCUAAUCUUCACAGUUUUGUACAAUUUCCUUUGUGCCUUCUGCUGUUCUUUUCUGCAGUUAAGGCAGAAUUUAGUCCAUCAUUUUCAUUGACGCCGACCCCUCAAGUGGUCCAAAAAUCUUCUUGUGCGUCGCCUUCUUGAUGCUUACGUUGGUCUUUAACUGGCUUUGUGUCUUCUACAGGUGUGGAAAACAUUUGGUGGGUGGGGGCACUAUUUUCAGGUCAGCCCGAUUGUGGGACUUAACAUGUUAUUGACUCCACCUUCGCCUUCAAACCAUGGCACCUCGACCCUCCACUCGGACAACCACAAGAAGAUUAUUGCCGCGGAAGCUCGUGUUCAUGAUCUUCUUGAUACUCCUGCCAAUCUCUGUGAUCACCAUCAUCACUCAUUUCCAGACGAUAACCUACCUAUUCCGGCCGCUCUGGGACAAGCCGCCUCCACCCUUCCAAAGAAUCCCUCACUACUACGCUGAGAAUGUCCCCAUGGACCACCUCUGCACCCUCCAUGGUUGGACCAUUCGGUCUACACCGCGCAGGGUCUUCGACGGCGUCAUCUUCAACAACGAGCUCGACCUCCUCGAGAUCCGAUACCGCGAGCUCCAAUCUCUCGUCACCAAAUUCGUCGUCCUCGAGUCGAACACCACAUUCACAGGCCGACCUAAGCCGCUCUUCUUCUUGUCGAACCGGGACAGGUUCGAGUUUGCUGGGGAUAAGAUCGUCCACGGCGUGUUCUCUGGUCGCACUGCUGAACCCGGUUCGCAGGAGGACCCAUUUGUGCUCGAGUCAGAGCAGCGGGCCUACAUGAAUGGGUUGCUACGGAGUGCAGGGGUGGUGAAUGGAGAUUUGGUGAUAAUGUCGGAUACCGACGAGAUCCCCAGCCCUCAUACUGUGAAAUUGCUGCAAUGGUGCGAUGGUAUGCCUCCUAUUCUACAUCUCGAGCUGAGAAAUUAUCUAUACUCGUUCGAGUUCCCUGUGGAUUAUAGUCAUUGGAGGUCAAGUGUCCAGAUUUACGGGCCAUGGACGAGGUACAGGCACUCGAGGCAAUCGGAUGUCAUUCUCUCGGAUGCUGGAUGGCACUGCAGCUUCUGUUUCAGGAGGCUGGAGGAGUUUGUGUUCAAGAUGACGGCUUACAGCCAUGCUGACCGGGUUAGGAAACCAGAUUUUCUGAACCAUGACAGGAUUCAGAAGCUGAUAUGUAAAGGGGAUGACUUGUUUGAUAUGCUGCCGGAAGAGUACACAUUCAAGGAGCUGAUUAAGAAGAUGGGUUCGAUUCCGCAUUCUGCUUCUGGGGUUCAUCUUCCUGGGUUUUUGAUAGAGAAUGCUGAGAGGUUCAGGUUUCUUCUUCCCGGCGGGUGUUUGAGAUCGCCAGAGUGAAGAUGGCCUUUCUUCUUUGUUUUUUUUUUUUUUUUUUUUUUUUGGUUUUAGCCUCGGGCAGCAAUUUGCCGGAAGGAUGACUAGUGUAAAGAGUUGGCUUGUGUUGCAAGUUAUCAGUGUGAUGGUCGAAGGUGGUCAGUCUCAUCUCAGUCAGCAGCAGCAGCAGCACUGUGGUAGGGUUUCUUUGUUUUAGGGUUAUGUAUGUGUAGCCCUUUUGAUUCUCUUUUGUUGUUUUCUUAUCAUGUUUGUUACAUUGCUUGUUUAUGAGCAAAGUAAGUAAGAAUCUGGUGAGAGAUGUAACUCAAAUUGGGAGAUCAGUUGCAGCUUCUGGAUCUAGCCCAACUUGGCCAAAGAGCCCAAGCCCAUUCAACAUUGGAAUGGGCCCAUUGAGGCCAUUCAAGCUUUUAUAUGAAGAGCAGUUGCUAGUUGCUCCUUCCCUUUCACCUUUCUUGGCUUCUUUAUCAGUUUUCUACAGAGGGCCAUGUGCUCUCAAAGCUGCUGAGAAGAAGAAGAUGAAGCUUCCCUAGAAAGGCACCAAAAUUCCACUCCCUCCCUUUGUUCUUUUUCCAACCCUUUCUCCAUUGUUUCCUUUCCCUGUGAAUUGAGUAGCUUGGUGGAUGUAAAUGGUAUGGACUUUUAGAAAAGUUGGAAGUGAUCAUAGUUUGGAGUUGUUUGGGCAUAAACAGCUCGAGUAUGA